CAUUCUUUUUAUUAAAUAUAUAUAAAAAAUAUGUGUAUAAGUUACAAUGUUAUGUGUAAAGCUGAAAUCAUAUACGGUGAGUUACAUCGAGUUCUGAUUCGGUAUGUCGAUAGAAAACGUUUAAAUGCUAGAGCAUACUCUCUCCGUUUCCACCCUUAUUGUAUACAAUAACUCCCGUUCGCUUUCCCAGAAAAGAAAAAGUUUUCCCGCAACAACCAUUGCGGAGUUUACCUUGGUAAAUCAGUACGUUUCGUUAUGUGAGAGAGGACUAACAUCGAGCGAGUGACUCAUUCAAACAGGAACAAUUUGUUUGAAAUAUUUCCCUUACUUUGGACCAUGUCAGAAUUAGUAUUUAUACCCUCAUUGUUCGUGUGUGUAUCCCUUAUUUAAACAUGCAUUAACGACACAUAUAAUUCAUGGAAGUUCUAACGACAGUAUCUCGAACGUAUCUGCGAUUCACCUAUGAUUUUCUUGGUAACUAUAUAACCCUAUCCACAUACGUAUAUACACAUGUACAAAUUUAUAUUGCUGUUUUGCAAACUUAACCGAUUACACUCCACAUACAAAUUGCUUUAACGAGUUGUGCCACAACGAUUCACUCCCAUGACACGAAGAUUCGCGACGAACGUUGGCUAACUCUUGGCUUUUCUUUUUUAUAAUAAAUAUAGUCAUUUGGCGAUACCAAAUGUAACGAUGUCCAGUGCCAUUUGACACGUGGUACAAAUUUCACACAUAUCGGAUUACAGGCGUAAGUAUGUGCAAUUCAGUUUUUUCUUUUUUUCACUUACACUAGAGGAUUCUUUAAACGCGUUAAAUUCGUUAAAUAAUUCAUGUCCGUGAGGAAGCGCGUAGAACUGCGUCGUGUGUACACAUAUAUUACGUUUAGUAUUAAAUUGGACAGAUAUUGCAGUCUUGUUUGUAGCGAUUUGCUAUGAAAUGUAUACUGUCGUUUCUCUCUCUCUCUCUCUCUCUCUCUCUCUCUCUCUCUCUCUUUCUCUCAUAAAUGCAAAGCAACUUCUUUCGUACAAAUAGCAAACGCAAACUCUUUAUACAAAUUGAUCGUUUUACCCGCAAUUCGAUAUUGCAAAUCUUAUACUACAAACUGUACACAAUUUGAUUAACUGCAGCCUUUAUAUACAGACCUAAUUUAUUUGUGUGCUUUCUUUCAUUAUUUUUGUAUUUACCGUAGGUCGCGCGAGUAUUCGAAAGCUUGCAAUCGAAACGUUUCAAUUAACAAAAUGUAUCAAUUGUAAACGUAAUAAUAAUUUACUGUAAACAAAAAUUUUGUUGAUAUAAUUCUGAUGAUAGUGUGAUUGAUAUAUCUCGUUUAUUAAAGUAUUUCGUUGCACUUUUCGAAUACUAUCGCGAUCAACUGUAUAUUACAACGUGCGUGUUACACUAUAUACAAUUGAAACUUAACUUAUACGUGUAAAUGGCAGCUUUACAAGUCAUGUAUAAAACUCUAUACACACAUAAUGCAUUCUGGCAUUGCACGUGAAUAAAUUCGACGCAGACGUCUUUACGUUACCCUGAAUGGAUUAUUUGUAACCCAUGCUAUUCUCACUGUGUACAAUGUUUACCGUCAACCAACGCCAGUUGUACCUGACAGAUGUAAACAGUAAGGGAAAACAGUCGCUUUCAAGCUCGCGAAGAGCUCGAACGUUCUUCGAACGACCGUACGUCUUUAAUUAACUAUUAUUUUGCAACAAAGUAUCUGAAUCCACGAUCGCUACACAACUGCACGUGUACUGCUUGUGACGAUAUAUGUACGUACAUAUGUUUCUUUAGUACUUUUAAGAUACAUUGUGCAUAUUAUUGAUUAUAUCAGAAAUGUUGUUCAUUUCGAUAAAUACGCUAAAAGAUUCCACUCGGGAAUGUAACACGACGACGAGUCAAAUUGAAGUUUACGUAUUAUAAGAUAUGAUAUAAGUCUUUUGGGAUGUAGCUUCUCUUUCUUUUCUUCACUCGUUACACCGUUUCUUAUAACAAAAUAUUCUGAGUCGUUACACUAGCGAAAUGUAAAUAUUGCUGUUACAAAUGUAUCCAUUCAGAAAAGUCUAUAAAAGUGAGAAUACGUCUAAAAAUGACGAUCUUAAAUAAUUCGAUCUACUCUAGUUUUGUGUUCUUGAAAAUAUGCCAUCGAAGAAAUAGAAACCGAUCAACUAAUAAUGGAAAAUACGUUGCUACGUUAAAUAGGAAAAUAUUGCUCAGGAAUCAUUUCGAGUGAAAUUUUUCGUAUGUUUCGCUAAACGCGAGCACCGCGUGGAGCGGUCUAUUAUUAAAAUAAUUUUUAUGCGUGUAUGCGACAAGCUUGGAAAUUCGAUGAGAUCAAUGACGAUUUGUCAAAUGUACACAAGUAACAAAAAUAGCCUUUACAGCAAUUGUUUACUUUUAUAGAUAUCGGAACAUUGGCAUGAGUAGAACUCCAAAAGAAGAGGAAAUUUCAUGGCUACGCGAUCUCUGUUGACGUAAAAAUGAAAAUGCCUGCCAUCAAGAGGGAAGCAGAGAAGGUGCCGGAAGAGCUGCCGACGGAGAACAUCAUCGAGUCGACGGUAAACAACUUACUGGUCACAGACAUGGAAGUAAAAGAAGGGACAGAUUCGGAGGUGGUCACCGAAAGUGCAGGGAAAACCUUCGAAACCAAAAUGGAGGACCUCGGGAAGGAACUCGCGGAAGAAAUGGGAAUACCUACAUGGGGCCUCGUUACAAUUCUAAUAGCCGUAGGCGUAGUAGUUCUCGGAAUCUGCUUCUGCUGCAUAAGAAGAUGCUGUCGCAAAAGACGUUCCAAGGACGGGAAGAAGGGGUUGAAGGGCGCGGUGGACCUCAAGUCCGUGCAGCUACUGGGCAGCACGUACAAGGACAAGGUUCAGCCUGAUAUGGAAGAGCUGACGGACAACGCCGAGGAACCAGACGAAGCGGAGAGCAAGCAGAGCGAGGUGAAACUCGGCAAGCUUCAAUACAAGCUGGAAUACGACUUCAACACGAACAGCCUGGCGGUGACAGUGAUACAAGCGGAAGAACUGCCAGCCCUGGACAUGGGUGGCACGUCCGAUCCCUACGUGAAGGUCUACCUGCUGCCCGACAAAAAGAAGAAGUUCGAAACAAAAGUGCACAGGAAAACGCUCAAUCCCGCCUUCAACGAGACUUUCACGUUCAAGAACGUUCCCUACGCGGACGCCAUGAACAAGACGCUCGUCUUCGCCAUCUUCGACUUCGACAGAUUCUCGAAACACGAUCAAAUCGGCGAGGUGAAGGUGCCUCUGUGCCAAGUAGAUUUGGCUCAGACGAUCGAGGAGUGGAGGGAGCUGCAGAGCGUCGAGGGCGAGGGUGGCCAGGACAACAAAUUAGGCGACAUUUGCUUCUCGCUCCGCUACGUGCCCACGGCUGGUAAAUUGACUGUGGUGAUCCUGGAGGCGAAGAACCUGAAGAAGAUGGACGUCGGCGGCCUGUCGGAUCCGUACGUCAAGAUCGCUCUGAUGCAGAACGGAAAGAGGUUGAAGAAGAAGAAAACGUCCAUCAAGAAGUGCACUCUUAAUCCGUAUUACAACGAAUCGUUCACGUUUGAGGUACCCUUCGAGCAGAUACAGAAAGUGCAAUUGGUUGUCACGGUAGUCGACUACGAUCGUAUCGGCACCUCAGAACCCAUUGGGAAGGUCGUCUUGGGGUACAACGCGAGUGGAACAGAACUGAGACACUGGUCCGACAUGUUGGCAUCCCCGAGACGUCCUAUUGCUCAAUGGCACACGCUUAAGGACCCCGAGGACGGCGACAAGAAGGACUAAAGAGGGUUGUUCGGUAUGUCCAAUGUUAAGGUAAUGCACACCAAAGGUUCUAAGCAUAUACGACAAAUGUACAGAAGCGGUUACUUUCGUUUCGUUCGGUUACGUUCGCUUUCGCCCUACCCCUCCACUCGACAAACUAUAUAUAUUUUCCAACGAUAUCCGUGGACGAUGCACCGUAAACGAAGCAGGAUUUUCUCUGGACAAAAGAAAGGAGCGAAAGAGGUGGACGAACAAAAAAAAAAAAAACAAACAAACAAGAAAAGAUUAAGAAAUACAAAGGAAAACAGAAAAAAAAACGGAAGCAACGAUCUCCCCACGGGUGAAAACCGAUCGUUUAUUCACAGGAAUAAUCGUGCAUGAAAACGAGAGAAACAGUGAGCAAGUGCGAGAGAGCGAGAGCGAGAGAGAAAGAGAGAGAGCGAGAGAGAGAGAGAGCGAGAGUGUGCGAGAAAGAGCGAGUAAAUAUGAAAAGAGAAAAGAAAAUAAAUACUUAGUAGAUAUUAAUAAUCUAUUAUUAACUAAAUAACAAUAAAAUACCACCAAGAAGAUUUUAGUAUUAACAAAUAUGUUCUCGUGGAGUGUAGCGUCUUGUAUAUACGUAUAUCUACUAUACUUCUCCCUGUAGAUGUAACAUUGAAUGAAACUUCAACCGAGAAGCGUCCUCUUCGAGGUAUCUCGAUGAAGGCAUUGAAUAUUUGCAAAACGAAAAAAAAAAAAAAUAGAAAAUGAAGAAAAAUAAACACGUGUUUCGACUUCCAAAUACGAUUAAUCUGGACAGAAGCUCCGGUAGCAUGUUUCCUUUUGUCGUUUAAUCGGAAACACGUUUGAUAAGGUGUUUAUAAGGAAUACUAACGCUAUUGAUCUUAUUAGAAGUUAUAUAUUUAUACAUAUGCAUAUACUAUAUAUUUUAUGUAUAUAGUAUAUAAAACAUAUAUAGAUAUAUAAUGUAUACGAUUGUAGAUUGUGUCUUGAAUUGCGUGGGUAGUUGUGUAAUUUUUUUCGGGAAUACGUUUAGCGACAUUUGUACAGAUUGAUAUAGUCGUGUUCGUGCAAAGAUGAUAUAAUUAAUUAUAGCGACGGCGAGUACAUUGUAAACGGUGCACGUAAUGGUUACGAAGCGAAGACGUUCGUUGUCGUUUAAUUGCGGAAAUUACCUAGCCCAAUGCUCCUCAAACUGGGAGCGCUAUCGGAAAUAACAAAAAUGCUUCUUGCGAUACUUUAUUCCAACUAAACGAACGUCCAUUAACGAAUUUUCAGUUGUCUCCUAACAAAAACAUCAAGGACACUGAAAACCUUAAUCCUCGAAAGCUUGAAACCCAAAGAUUCUAUUAAUUAGCUCGUUCACCAUGAGAUUUCAUCGAUAUACUCUAUUAAAAAACAAAAUAUACGAAUCUGUUACAAAAGUCACAUUCGUGUGCAUUACUUUAAACGACAGUUCAAAUGAAAAAAAUAUAUAAAACUGUAUCGCGCUUUCUAGAAGACAUAUUAUUUCUUUUUAAAAUCAGUACCAAGAAAACAAUUCGAAUCCACUCUAGGUUUGAGGGACAGUGAUCUAGCCGACGAUUUCUAUUAUUUGUUUCACGCGACUAAAACGAGCUUUCCCGCUUCCUUUUUCACGUUCAAUCGAAGUAACGACAUUUUUAUUUCCUGUGCAAAGAGGCAAUGCUUUUGAUCGCGAUAUCUUCGUACAGUAACGACUUUAGACUAUGCGCUACCUGUACAGGGAACUUCGUUGAUCGAAACGAACGAAAAGCGCGGUAACCUCGGAACCCCUAUCCGCGUGAAACGGUAAACAAAUGAAACGUUCCUCUGCGGUUUCACUCACAAACCUCCACGGAGGUUUUUGUUAUAACAGCAUCCCUCGAUUAUAAUGUUUUUUACUAGUAUCACUUCGUUAGUCUACUCGUCUUAUCGGUGAAACUGUUAUAAUCGACGGAUACGCGUACGGUGGUUCGUUCGUGAAUGAAGCUCCAAGACGACGGAGCAUGUAGCACGUUUCGAUUGGCGAGUUCUCGUGAUCGAAGACAGGGAUUCUUUGACGAAAUCGAACACCGUCGUUCGAUUUUUCCAAACUCCGUGUCUUCGUCGAAACACUAUACAUACGCGUGUACGUGCAACUGUAAACAUAUUCGUAUAUAUACAAUAUAUGUAUUAUAUAUAUAUAUUUACCACGUGUUAUAUAUGCAGAUACUGUUAUUGUUUUUAAAAGGAAAAAAAAGACGUAACGGGCCUACCGAUUGUAUAACUUGCGUUAUCGUUUCGUUGAUCUAUUUCUUGAAACAUGGACAUAAAGAAGGAAAAUAUGGAGUAACGACAUGGGGUGGUUCUCUAUGUAUCUCUGAGAAUUGAAGAUUCGAUGUGAAAACGCUAUAUAUAUUAAAUCAAUUACGAACGUCCCGAGAUCUACAAGGCAUUAUAUAUAUGUAUACAUAUAUUAUAUACUAUAUAUGUAUCCUUCGAGAAAUGAUUAAGGAAAAAAAGAAUCGAUUGUUAGAGAAACUGACUUUAUACAGUAUUAACUGAGUUUGACUGCUGUAAAAAAAAAAAAAAAAAACUUCAUAUAUUUUAUUGCAUCGUUGACCUUGAAGCUUCGAAUUCGACUGAAAGAGACAAAAGAAAACGGGUCGAUUGGUACAAUAAAAGUAGCGUUUUUUGCGUGAUACGUGUUCUAAGCUAAGAAAUAAAAGCACGUUAUUAGAAGUCCCAUCGACACCCUCCCAGCCCCUUCUUUAACCCUAAAGAGAACUUCCUUCGACGCCACCGAUCACCGUUUCCGGUCAGUCCAAGUCGACAAGCUAACCAGAGAGUUCGUCGCUAAAGAACCCAUGUAAACGGGUCGUUAACGCUUCUUCGAGUUCUCAUUGCCCAACCCUCGCCCUACUCGUCGCCGAACAACGCAUAGAGACUUUGUAAAUAUCACGUCGUGAAUAUUUCGGAGACUCCGGUUCUUGAUGACUGCAUGUAUACAUAUGUCCAUUCGAACUUCAUCGUAAGCACUAGGACUAUUAAUUCUCAUUCGGUUCGAUCUUUCUCUACUUGGUUUGCCCCCUACCCAGCGUAGCACGCGUGCACAGUGGCGCGUUGUCCUAAUCUGUCAAGAAUCCUCAGCAUCUUUCAAAAUUGAAUAUCCCAGCAAAAUCAAAAUCUCAUUUCACCUACUCUUCGACUAAUUCAAAUAAAUACGUAUUCAAAAAGGUUCCCUAAUUUUUGCACAACCUCCUCUAAGAUCCACCCCAUUUUUCGGGUCCCAUGAACGCGCCACUGCGUGUGCACUACGCGAUCCAGUUAAAAAAAAAAAAAUUGCACGCGAUCGAGUUGUAAUAAUCAUGUAACGAUAUCACUACUGAUAACAGGAUUAGUAAUAACGUUAAUUACACGUAAACAGUAAACGUAUCGUGAAGAGUGUCAGAUGUAUUCAAGAGUUUGGUGAUGUGCUUAUGAUUUCUAGCUUCUUAUCGUAGUGACGAUCAUGCGCGUACGAGUUCUGAUAUGAGCCGUGUAAGAUAAGAAAAGAAAACACGAUGAUGGAUGUUAAUCUAAAAGGGUAUCCUAGACGAAGGACACGGAUCCUUUCCUUGCAUAUUUCCCAGAAUCUCGAAGCUAAUCCAGUGAUAUAUUCGCCUGUAUAUCUGUUACCAUUGUACGAACUACGCUACAAAGACCCGAAUAUCGAUUGUUACCGAUUACCUCUAACAUAAGCAUAAGCAAGCGAUGCUCGAAGCACAGAGGCGACGACCGUUUCCGCUUGUGAUGAUCGAUCGUCGACCGCGCUUCGAGGAGCACGUGCUUACCCAAAAUAAACAAAAGUAACGUGCACCAACGAUGCUAUCGAAUAAAAUACUUUUCUCGAUUCAGUUGACUCCGUGUUGUAUUUAAAAGAAGAAAAGAAAAAGUAAUAGAAAAUCUUUUGGUUAGAAAUGUACAUAAAUUCGUAAUUAAGGGAUUCGUCUACGUUCGCUCUAAUUUUCGUUUUGCCGCAUGCAUAUCCGCGUAAGUUACUAAUUCCCAUCGAAUACAUAUUCGUUACCUCAACGGUGUGACGUUAAUUUAAGCUUACAGUAACGUUCGUUACAUUAAAAUUAACCUAAACGUAGCAUUAAUUUUAUACCGCGGGGAAACGAAACGGGGAUCAAGAUGAUCGCUGAUUUGUCUCUAUUUUCAUUUCGUACCGCUUUAUCGAGCCCUCGAUAAAGGGGAAUCGUUCCAAGACUCCAUGCGAGAACACGAUCGCCGAUCAGAGUAUCUAGUCCGGGAAAAAAGUACGUUAAGUCA